UGUAAUGAAUGACAGUUUGGAAUUAUUAGUUUAUUGUACACCCUGUUAAAUUUGGUGUAUGUGUCAAAUAGAAAAAUGUCAGCGACCGGAUUGUUUCUCCUGCGUUCUUUUUUGUUAAUUUUACCAAUUUUGGUAUUAAAUACCAAUGGUCAAGUGAAUCCUGUUCCUAGUCCAGUUGGUGUUCAUCGUAGAUUUGAAUACAAAUAUUCCUUUAAGCCACCAUAUCUGGCACAAAAAGAUGGAACAGUACCAUUCUGGGAAUACGGUGGUAAUGCUAUUGCCAGCUCAGAAAGUGUGCGUGUAGCACCAUCAUUGCGUUCACAAAAAGGUGCCAUCUGGACUAAGAAUCCCACAAGCUUUGACUGGUGGGAAGUUGAAAUUGUAUUUCGUGUAACCGGUCGUGGUCGCAUUGGUGCCGAUGGUUUAGCUUUCUGGUAUACCACACAAAAGGGCGACUACAACGGUCCGGUCUUUGGCUCCUCAGACCGCUGGAAUGGUUUAGGUUUAUUCUUCGAUUCAUUCGAUAAUGACAAUAAACACAAUAACCCCUACAUUAUGGCUGUUGUCAAUGAUGGCACUAAACAGUUCGAUCAUCAAAACGAUGGCACUACUCAACUCUUGUCUGGUUGUUUACGUGAUUUCCGUAAUAAACCUUUCCCAACACGUGCCCGCAUCGAAUACUACAACAAUGUAUUGACUGUUUUAUUCCACAAUGGCAUGACCAACAACAAUGACGACUAUGAAAUGUGUUUGCGUGCUGAUGGUGUGCAAUUGCCUAAGAACGGUUACUUUGGUUUAUCAGCUGCUACAGGCGGUUUGGCCGAUGAUCACGAUGUCUUCCACUUCUUGACGACAUCUCUGCAUCCACCUGGUCAAAUACCCACCGAAUCUAAGGUUCCACAAGACAAUGAGAAACUCUCACAGGAAUACAAAGAAUAUCAAGAUAAAUUGGAAAAACAAAAAGCUGAAUAUAAAAAAGAUCAUCCCGAUGAUCACAAAGACGAUGAAGAAUGGGAAGAAUUUUAUGAAUCGGAAAACCAACGUGAAUUGCGUCAAAUUUGGCAAGGUCAAAGUCAAAUCUUUGAACACAUACGUGAAUUGUCUCGUAAAAUGGACGAAAUAAUUGGCAGACAAGAAAACACAUUGUCUCUAGUAUCUCGCGGUCUUUCAGGUCAAGCUGCUGCAGUACCACCAGUAGCUGGUCAAGCAGCACCAGCACCAAUAGCCGGUACUAUAACGCGUCCAGAAGUUGACAUACUUAUUGCCAAUCAAAACACUUUGUUGGCCACCGCUAGAGAAUUGCGCACUCUUAUCGGAGAUAUACACGCUAGAGCCGAUACCAUUUUACAAAACCAACAACGUGCUCCUAGUGGUCAAGUACAGCCAGUUGGUGGUUAUGAUAUUCAGGCUGUUAUAGCUGAAAUGCGUGAUGGCAUGAAUCAAGUGAAACAGGGUAUUUCACAUGUGGGUCAAAAAUUGGGUGCUUCUCCUCAAGCUCAAGGCCAAGCAUCUUGCCCCACUGGCAAUUGUGUUGGUGUGACCAUGUUCCUUAGUGUUACGGCUGUGCAGCUAUUAUUAGUUUUUCUAUACACUGUUUUCAAGAGCAGAAGUGAGGCUCAGGCUAAAAAAUUCUAUUAGGUCAAUAUAAUAAAAGUUUUGAUAAGAGUAAAAACAUAACAAAAAGUUAUAAAUGAACAUUAAUGCAGCCGUUAUUAUUCAAACAAACAUUGUUUUCAAGUUUGUUUCUUAUAAGAAAUGCGAAACAAAAAUGAAUGUAUUUAAAUUAAACAAAGAAAACCUUUUAUAUUCAAAAAACAAAUAGAAACAAGUAAAAAGAAAUACCUUAAAAACACAAAAUCAUAUCUAUAUGUUGUAUACCGCCCAUCCAAAUGAAACAAAAAUAUACAAACAAACAGACAAACUGACUGAACUACGUUGAUUUUAAAACUUCUUGAAGUAAAAAAAA